AUGCUGCAGCGCAAGACCAGCCAUUCCAGCUCCAACCGCGAGGCGCGCGCGGCCAAGUUCCUCGACUUCUGGGAGGAAGCCGACCUGAAGCUGAAGGAGCUGAACGUGGACCACGAGGCCUUCGAAGAGGAAAACCGGGAGCGCGUCGCCAGCGAGAUCGCCUUCCAGACCCGCGCGCCCGUCCUCGCGGAGCGGCUGCGCCUCCACGAGAAGGAGCUCGCCGACCUCCACGCCGAGUACCAGCAGCUCAGGGCCAAGAAGGCCAUGUACGAGACCAUGACUGCGCAGAAGGCCGCGGCGCUGGAGGCGCAGGGCGAGGUCCUGCGCGAGUCCGAGCUCAGCGAGGGCAUGUACGAGCAGACCGAGAGGGUCAUUGAACUCAUGUACGUCAUCGCCGCGCAGCACAAGUACCUCUGGGAGCGCUACGAGCAGCUGCGCGCGCUGCGCAGGCAGCUGCCGCCCCGCGACGCGCCGCAGGCGGAGGCGCUCUUGAAGCUCGAGAAGCAGCUCGCCGAGGCGCUGCGCCGCCGCCGCGAGCUCCACAGGAAGUGCGUCGAGCAGAACGCGCCGCCCGCGCCCGCGGACGCCGAGCAGAUCCGCGACUUCGUCCUCAAGUCCCGCAUCCUCCGCCGCGACAUCGCCGAGUUCGAGCAGGUCCAGCGCGACCAGGAGGCCAAGGCCGCCGCUGCUGCUGCUGCUGCUGCUGCUGCUGCGGCCGCCGGCCUCGCCGCGCCGCCCGCCCGCCCCGCGGCGAAAGCCGAAGCCGAAACCCAAACCGAAACCGAAAAGGAAAAGGAAACCGAAAAGAAAAAGAAAAAGGAAAAGGAAAAGGAGUUGGAAGAGGAGCCGCCCGUGAAGGCGCUGGACCAGUCCGUGGAGGCGCGGCUGGAGCGGCGGAAGCGGCUGCUGGCGGAGCACGAGCGGGUGCUGCGGAGCGUGGAGGACUUGUCCGCAGGCGAGCGGGAAAAACUCAAGUCGGAGACGGAAAUGCUGCGGCGGCAGCAGGAGCGGCUGCGGGCGGAGGUGGAGAAGCUGGAGGCGCUGCGGACGCGGAAGCGCUGGGCGGCGGACCGCAGGCCCUCGGAGGUGUGGGAAAAGCGGACGCAGAAACACGAACUUGAACAGACUCUGCAGCAGCUGGCGGCGUACAAAGCGUCGCUCACGAGCGUGCCCAAGGUGCAGCGCAGGACGAAGGACCUGAGCGACGCCGUGGCGAACAUCGAGCUGCAGACGCUGGACCUGGAGGAGCAGCUGCAGGACCUGGCGGACGAGCUGCACGGCGCAGCAGCGCCGACGCAGCAGCAGCAGCAGCUGCAGCAGCUCAACGACCGCCUGCGCGAGCUCGCGCUGCUCGUCGACAGCAAAGGCACCCUCCCCCCCGAGGCGCUGCAGGACCCCGAGAUCCGCAGCAGCUUCGCCGAGGCCGAGGAGGCGCUGCUGCUGCUGCGCGCCGAAGUCGAAGCAGCAGACGAAGCAGUCCGCAAGGAACUCAACGACUUGGACGAGAGCUGGCUGCGCCGCAUGAUCAUCCGAGGCGCAGACGUGCAGCAGCUCGUUGAGGAGUUUGCAAUUGACCCGGCUCUUGUGCUUGAGGAAGACGCGCGGCUGCGCGCCCAGGACCCCCGCAGGCAGCUGGCCUGGGCCGAGGAGCAGGAGUGGUUCCUCAGCAGCAAGCUCGAGGGCUUUCUCAAGCUGCCUCCGGAGCAGCAGCACAAGUUCGCCGAGGAGCAGCAGGAGCUCCAGCGCAGCAUCGCCCGCGUCCAGGGCCUCCGCCAGCAGGCCCUCGAGCAGGUCCGCCAGCUCGACGCCGCUGCGGCCGCUGCAGCGGACCAGCCCGCAGCCGCAGCCGCAGCAGCAGCCGCAGCAGCAGCAGCAGCGCAGCAGCGCCAGCCGGAAGCCGUGGGCACGGACGCGCGGGCAGCAGCGCCGCCGGAAACGGAAACUGCAGCACCACCACCAGCAGCACCAGCAGCACCAGCAGCACCAGCAGCACCAGCAGCAGACCCAGCAGCGCAGGGAGCGGCGCCUGCAGAAGAAGCCGACGCCCGCCAAGACGCCGCCGCCGACUCAACGCCGACUGAAACGGAAGACACACAACUGCAGCAGCAGCAGCAGCAGCAGCAGCAGCAGCGGCAGGGUGAGGAGGGAGGGCAGGGAGAAGAGGAAAGCGCGUUUUCAGAAGCGUCGACAGCGUCCUCGGGCUCUUCCUCGUCCUCCGGUGUACGGACACCCGGCGGCGGCGCUGCAGCAGCCCCAGCAGCAGCAGCAGCAGCAGCAGCAGCGGGAGAGGCGGAGGAGGACGACGACGGCUCCGUGGUGUUCGAAGACUCGGAGGCGAGCUCGGGGUCCUCUUCGGAAGCGUCUGCUGCUGCUGCUGCUGCUGCCGCUGGCCCGGCAGCAGCAGCGGGAGCAGCAGGAGAGCCCUUGGAGUCGGACGAAGACCUGAACUUGGACGAAAUGCUGGUCUCCGAAGACGGACUGACGCGGGGAAGAAGACUCGCUGCACUGAUGGAGUGGUUUCAGCCGAAGAAAGAAGAAACUCCCGUUAAAGAACUCCCGAAAAUAGACCUGGGGCCCAAAGACCCCUGCGAGGGGGAGCCCAUGUUGUACGUGGUGGUGAAGAAAGCCAUCAACGCCGAGUACGCCGCCAACUUCGCAGAAAGAUGCAAAAAGGUCUUCGCCAACAGAGCCCACAGGAGCCAGCGGCGGUUCCUGGGCCUCUUCGACGACUCCGGCACUCCGGCCAUGUACGAGGCGCCGCACCCGCACAUCAUCCGCGGGCUGCAGCAGGUCUUCGGCACCACCCACGUCGGCGCCUUCGCUGGCCUCAUGCGGACUCUGCGCAAAAAGCUGCUCGCCCUCAACGAGAAGAUCGGCGUGGCGCCGCUCGAAGACCCCACGGCGCCCGCGGAGGCCCAGGAGGCGGCGCCCGAGGAGGAGUUCGCGGUCAACGACGACGAGUGA